AGCUCUACUACAGUACCCAUACCUCAAUUGUGCCAGUAAUAUUAGGUUCUCGACUCUGAAUGGUCGAUGUAGUUUUAUGUGGAGCUUUUAUUUCAUGCAACAGUCGGAGGCCUUGACGUUACUUGCCGAGAGGCGUUACAACCAGUAUACUCCGACAAUGGAGCUAAGUUCUGUGCCAAAGUACAAUAAGUCGACAAUAUUCAGACACUUUAUAAACUUUUUAAAAAAAUUUCAAAACUACAUAGAUUUCACCUCGUAAUUCAGUAUACUCACCACAGCUUUUUGAGCUUUUCUCCUCAGAAUAAAAUGAAAAUGAUUUGCUUUACGUGGUGUUCAGUUCUUUUAAGUGAUCGUGCGUGGAAAUACACAACGAAUAAGAACUUUCUAAAAAUAGAACUAAACAUAAAAUAUUUUCUUCAUUCAGUGCAGAAAAUACACAAAAACUGAGACCUACCUAAAGAAAUGGAAGUGAUUUUAUUACACGGUUAAGAGUCAAAGUGCUUGUUAUCCUUCAUUGUGAUUUUAACUACGAAAUGGAUUUGCUUUUCCUUAGCAAACGUAUUUUCUUGGGCACCGAGCAGGGAUUCCUGAACGGCGGCAUUAUCGUCGACACAGAGGGCAUAAUACGUAAGGUCUUGCGCACAGCGCAGGAGGUGAAUACAUAUGUCUACAACACAGAAUCGGAAGCGGUCUAUGAUUUUGGUGACAAAGUACUCAUGCCGGGUCUCAUAGACGCCAAUGUAAAUAUUAGCGAACCGGGUCGCAAAGACUGGGAGGGUUUCAUGGCGGCUACUAAAGCAGCAGCGGCGGGCGGUUUCACGACGAUCAUCGAUCGGCCCACUAACACCAUACCGCCUACAACCAGUGUAACCGCGCUAAAAACAAAGACAGCCGUUGCACGUGGUAAGAUUUAUGUGGAUGUUGGUUUUUGGGGUGGACUUGUGCAGGGUAACGGCCGAGAUGCCGAACUCUUGCUCGGUGCCGGUGUCAUCGGUCUACAAUGCACGCUCGCACCAACACCGGCGCCAGUUGGUGAUGCUUUCCCCGCCAUAAAUCGAAAAGAGUUGGAGGAGGUGAUUGUCAAAUUGGAAGAUGAUACUGUAUUGGCUUUUAGCGCCGAAUUGCCGUUGAAGCAGCCGAUACAACCCGAUGAGGAGGAACCCAAGAAAUAUGAGUCCUUCUCGCGUACACAUCCCGCUGAAAUGGAAGUGAAUGCCGUGCAAUUGAUCAGCCAGUUGGCUAUGACGAAUAAAGGCAAACAUUUACAUAUUAUGAAUAUUAGCUCCGCGGAUGUACUCCCCAUUGUGGCGCAGUGCAAACGCAGUGGCGCUAAUCUAACCGCAGAAACUUGUCCUCACUAUCUCACCUUGUCUGCCGAGCAAAUUGAUGAUUGUCACACCGAGUUCAAAGCUCUACCGCCAAUACGUAACAAAUCAAAUCAGCCCGCACUGUGGGAGGCGCUAAAAAAUGGUUGCUUAGAUAUUAUUGCAUCCAAUCACUCACCCGCCACGCCGGGGGUUAAGUGUUUGAACUACGGACGUGCACGUGGCAACUUUUUAAAUGCCUGGCCGGGAGUUUCAUCGCUGCAAUUGGGACUCUCCAUUGUUUGGACUCACUGCCAUGCGCAUGGUCUUGGCAUAGAGCACAUUUAUCGUCUGAUGUGUCAAAAUCCGGCAGCGCUGUGUGGUCUAUCGAGUUUUAAAUGCAAAAUUGAGGAAGGUUAUGAUGCAGACUUUUGUAUAUGGGAUCCGGAGGAGGAGUUCAGCGUCUCCGCAGAUAUGCUCUUCUCAACAAAUAAGGCCACUCCCUACAUGGACCAGCGCUUACGCGGUGUCGUGCACGCCACAGUUGUGCGUGGUCUGCAUGUCUAUCAGCAGUACGAGGGCUUCGGUCAACCACUGGGCAAGGUUUUGUUGCGCAAAAGUUCCAAGAAAAUUGUGAAGUUUGUACGUAUGUAA